UUUGAGUGGUAGUAAUUAAUAAAAUGAGCAACAAUGGAAUAGACUGGGCAGGCCUCUUCAACUGGUCCGCUAAAUACAACGAUGGUACCAAGAAAACAAAUUUCUCCCCAAUGACUAAGGAGGAGAGAGAAUGGCUCGAGAAAGCCAUGAAAGAGUACACCUACAAUGAGGCUGACCGUAUGCAGGAGAUCAUCAAGGUCCUAUUCGAUCAAGACUCAAAAGAAGAGCAGGAAUUGUUAGAAAAUUUGGAUGAACUUUAUGAAAUCAUUGAUAUUCACCCCAGGAACAGCACAAAUCUUGACCAAGCAGGAGGGUUUAAACUAUUAAUGGACACUAUGCUGAAUAACACUCAUGAGAAGGUCAGGAAACUCUCCAUGGAGAUUUUUGCAGCUAUCGUCCAAAACAACUCCGAAAUGCAAGCUAUCGCUUACAAGUAUGGAGGUCUUAACCUUAUGUACAAAUACGUUGAUGAGCAGUCUGAUAAAAACAAGGAACAAGUCCUUGGUGCUCUCUCUAGUCUCCUCAGGACCUCCGUAGCAGAAAUAAAAGCUGAAUUCUUCAAAGAAAUGAAAGGUCUCGACUGGAUCAAGCAAAUUAUUUUAGAACCAGAGACCACCAAGAGGGCUCUCAAGAAAAUAUUCUUCCUCCUGUACGACCUAAUCGUCAAAGAGACUGACAAGAGUGUUGAGAAGGUACUUCCUGAUGAUCACCCGAUCAAGGACUACAUCGUGUCGAACUUUGACAUGAUCGUCAGGAUGCUUAACCUGCUAAACUACGAAAACGAAGAAGACCUCUUCUCUGACCACGUUUUGCGUGAAUUCAUACUUAACUGAGUUGGUGGUGUCUUCCAGUACAAUCCAGAACUAGUGUCAAAAGAUAUUGAAGAGUACCUGAGCACUUUACUUAGCACAAUCAGUGCUAAGAUCACCCAGAUCAGAGAUAACGAUGGUGACAUGGACACUGUACACCUCUUAGAGACCGAAAACAGCAUGGUAGAGAAGAUUAUUGAAAACCAAGGAGAUUUUCUUCUCAUUCACUAAUACUCUUAAUACAGGUCCUUUGUGGUACCUAGCCAGGCAAGCUGGCAGGCUCUCGCUAGCAGCUUAAUUUGGUAAAUUUCUUAUAAAAUCUUU